AUGGUUUUUACUUUUAAUAAACUUAUUCCUUUGGGAAAAUUCUCUUUCGACGUCUCAUUCAAUAAAUUUCACGUGACUAGACCCAAUCGGGCUGGAUGUAACAAGAUUUACGAAAUCAGAAGAUCAAAAAGUUUCUUUUUUGAGUUAGCUGAUUCUUCAGCAAACACCAAUGAUAUUCAUCUUAAAAUACACACAAAUGAUUAUCACAUGAAUUCAAUCCCUAUUAGCUACUCUUCCACCUGUUGCUUUCCUAAUCUGAAAUAUCAGAUUAGUAAGAUGUUACAACAUUUUUUUUCUCAUCAAAAAGUCAUCCCACGCUCUAUUCAAAAAAGAUAUUUUAAUCUUAUUCGUUCCAAAUUACUCGAUAGAUAUUUCAUUAUCAAAUCACGUGCUGACAGUAUCACACAAAGAAAUUCCCGCACAAAAACUUUCUUUAAUUUCUCUUAUAAACGUUAUCAUUUUUAUUUCGGUAUUUUUAUACCAUGUAA